AUGUAUUGGGCCGCGGUCAGUCUCAAGCGUAAAUCUGGAGGACCACAAACGUACGCGAAGCCUAGACCUGUUUUUCCACCAUGUCUCACUAGUAGAGAGAAUCCUUUUGUGGAAAAUAUUGUCGAAGACGAAGGGGCACCCUCAGAUAUCCAGAUGGAAUUAGAAGUUCCACAAGGUAACGUGUACCAAAGACGCGAGUUUUUUCUUUGUGAGUGA